AUUGGUUGAGUUUAAAAUACAAAACCGCGGUGGAUAAUCAAAUGUUCGGAGUACUGCGAUCGGCAUAACCUGUUUCAAUGGACAUUAUUGUACACAUUCUGUCAAGAACCCGAAUAUAAAAGCCAGUGAGGAAAAUGAUGGAAUCAUGUUUAAAUUAUAAACCCGAAAGGGUGACUGCUAUAACUGUUGAAGAUCUCAAGAAGGAUUUGCUGGACGACUUUUCCAAUAUUUCAACAUUAUCUCAGGAGUCACUAUCAGACAAAGAACACUUGCAGGUGUACCUUCGCGUAAGGCCAUUUACUAACGCUGAACAAGAAGCUGGAGAAUCUCAGCAAUGUGUAGAAGUUGAGGGUCCAGACACAGUGGUGCUGAAGGCACCCAGAACAUCUCUGUCGGCCAGGCUCAGCGAGAAGCCGGUGCAGACGGCUCAGAGGUUUCGUUUCUCUCAGGUGUACGGGCCGGACACCACCCAGCGACAGAUGUUUGAUGGAACUGCCAAAGGCCUGGUGAAAGAUGUUCUAGAGGGAGGAAACUCCCUCAUCUUUACUUAUGGAGUGACCAAUGCUGGGAAGACAUUUACAUUUCUAGGGCCUGAGGCUGAUGGUGGGAUAGUGCCACGGUCCCUGAGGGUGAUUUUCCAAAGCAUUGAAGGUCGCAUCUACACACAGAACAACAUGAAGCCCCACAGGUGUAUGGACUUCACCAGACUCACCAAAGAUCAGCAGGACGAGGAGUUCACCAGCAAGAAAAACCUACUGAGACGCCUGAAAGAGACUGACGUUCAGAAGAGCCUCACGUGUAAAACCUUUUUGGAAGGUUCAACCUCUAGUGAUAUUGACAUGCAGGGGGAGGAAGAGUGUGUCAGUUUGGAGGGCGACUCAAACACAAAGUACUCAGUGUGGGUGUCCUUCUGUGAGAUCUACAACGAGACCAUUCAUGACUUGUUAGAGGUCCUGCCAAAUGGCCCAGUGAGGAGAACAACCCUCCGUCUCUCACAAGACGUGAAGGGAAACACUUUUGUCAAAGAUCUCAAAUGGAUUCAAGUAAACAAUGCGGAGGAGGCUUACAGAGUGUUAAAAAUCGGACGGAAGAACCAGAGUUUCUCCUCCACAAAGCUCAACAAUGUCUCCAGCCGAAGUCAUAGCAUAUUCUCCAUCCGCAUUCUGAGAAUCGAAGAUAUUGGUGUGCCUCGAGUCCUGACCAUUAGCGAGUUGUCCUUAUGUGACCUGGCUGGCUCGGAGAGGUGUGCAAAAACCCAGAACAAAGGUGAGCGUCUGAAAGAGGCGGGGAACAUCAACACAUCGCUGCUGACUCUGGGGAAAUGCAUCACUGCACUCCGGCUCAGCCAGACACAGCCAAAAUACCAGCCACACAUCCCCUUCCGGGAAAGCAAGCUCACUCACUACCUUCAGGGCUUCUUCUGUGGGCGGGGCAAAGCCUGCAUGAUCGUCAACAUCAACCAGUGUGCCUCCAUGUACGACGAGACACUCAACGUCCUCAAAUUCUCCGCUGUCGCACAGAAGGUGGUGGUUCUGACCACACGGCCCGCUGUACCUAAGCGGGAGAAGUCUGGCCGGGAGGUGUCGUUCAUAAUCAACGAUGCCGAUCGGCGCCACCUGUGGGCCAAGCGGAGGAGCACACUCAUGGCCUGGGAGACCACGCUGGAGGAUGUGCAGGAGGACGAGGACGACGAAGAGGAGAUGGAGGACGAGGAAGAGGAGGAGGAUGAGGAAGAAGAAGAAGAUAGUGCUGAUGAGACGGUGGCUGAGGGCACCGUCCUGGAGGCUGGAGAUGAAGAUGUGUGUGAGGCCCAGCGUGCCGUGAUCCAGCAGCUGAAGGCCAAGCUGACCCAACAGCAGGAAGAGAACCUGGCUCUGGAGUCUCGCAUCCGGGAGGAAGUGACCUCCGAGUUCAUGGAGCUCUUCUCUAAAAUGGAGAGUGACUACAAUGAGCGUCUUCAGAAGGAGAAGGAAAUCAUCGAGGAGCGGGCAGAACGGCGGCUGGAGAUCCUGAAGGACCUGGUCAAGAAGAACGCCAGCGAGUUUGCCGCAGCGUCCACAGAGGAUGCAACAAAGGAGGAGUUCAUGGACAGCUUGAUCGAGGCCAUGCGUAGUGACCUGGCCAAAAUCAAGCGUGACGCCGCCGAGGUGCAGACCUGCCUGGUGACGGCCGAGUCACCGGCAGCCACAGCCGGCCUCCGCAAGCAGGUGGACGAACUGGCCGAGGAGCUCCUUACUAGCCAGCAGCUUCUAGGCCUCAAGACCAGCGAACUGGAGAGCGUCAAAGCCCAGGCAGAGAGGACCAAUGAGAAGCUACAGGCAGUUCAAGAGAGUUACGAGGGUCAGACAUUGAAAGUUCAGGAGCUCAUGGGCAUGUGUCAUGAGAAAGACGCCAUGAUCGCCAAACUGCAAGAGACUCUGGACCACAGCAUAGAGACCACUACCAAUGAUAGAUAUUUGAUUAACGCGAUCAGAGAGGAAAUCUUACACUUCAAGCAGAAUUGUCGGUGCAGCCCGGCCGAGGGCGGUGCGGAUGCCUGUGACCGGAACAAAGACGCCCGCUGGGGUCCAGACAGCACCCCCAGGGGGGUUGACCGUCAGGCAGCAGACGACAGCGAAAAGCUACGCGCUGAAGUGGAGCAGCUGCUGGCAGAGGCCAAGGCCAAAGACGAGCGCCUGGACGAGCUCGGGCGGAAGCUUUUCUCGCUGGAGCAGAGCGUCCAGGAGCAGACCGCCGCGCUGGCCGACGAGGCGCAGCUCCACGAGGCCGCCCUGGCCUCGCUCGACAGGGAGCGGCUGGAGAUGGCCUCGCUAGAGGCCGAGAGGAACGCGCUGGCCGAGGAGCGCAAAAGGCUGCGGGUGGAGACCGGCGAGCUGACCUCCAAGGUCGUCGCUGCGGAGACCGAGGCAAGGCUUCGCGCCGAGGAGGCCAAGACGGCAGAGGAAGAAAUGGCCAAGCUCGGCAGGGAGCGUCAAGCGGCCAGGGCGCAAGCCAAGGAGCACGAAGAGGAGGCCCUGAAGAAGUCCAAGGCGGCCGCCGCGUUGGAGCAGGAGGUCGAGAGGCUCAAGGAGAAAGCCAAACUGGACGCGAGCAAGACAAAAGAAGAGGUGGCACGACUCCGAGAGGAGCUUCAAGUGGUCCGUGCGCAGGCCAAGGAGCACGAAGAGGAGGCCCUGGAGAAGUCCAAGGCGGCCGCCGCGUUGGAGCAGGAGGUCAAGAGGCUCAAGGAGAAAGCCAAACUGGACAAAUCCCAGGACGGUGGUCAGACAUUCAGCGAAGCCCUGCACGGCCUCAAGGAGGAGUGUGAGAACCUUGCCAGGACAUCGCUGACCAAGAACGAGCGCAUCAAGGAGCUGGAGCGCGAGCUGAAAGAGGCCCACUCGCAGCUCCAGCAAAUGGAGGAGGUCUGCGGGGAGCUGGAGCAGCUCUGCGACCAACAGCAGGGCGAAGCCGGGACCCGCCAGGCCCAGCUGGAUAUCGCGCUACUGGACCUGGAAGACGGCACAAAGCGUCACGCUGAGCUCCAGAAGGAGGCCCAGGGGCUCAGGGAGCAGCUAGCCCACGUGGAGGAGGAGCGGCUCGUUGCUGCCAGAGAGGCAGGGGAGAGGGUGGCCGAGCUGGAGAGGCAGCUGCAGGAGGCCGAGACCCUGAGGCAUGGCCUGGAGGAGAAACUGAAGGGCCUGCAGAGCCAGAAUGGAGAUGAGCAGAGCCAACAGGACCGCAGCGGAGUGGCCACAGCGGAGUUGGAGGAAGCUCUUGCUCAGCAGAAAGCCAACAUGGAGACCGUAACAAGAGAACUCUCAGACCGCAAAGAACAGGUGAAGGAGAACUUGAAAGUCAUCAAAAGCCUUGGCCAAGAUCUGAAGCUGAAGGAUCGAGACAUCUCAUGGCUGAGAGAACAACUGCGAGAUCGCGAAUCGGAGAUCGAGCAACUGCUAUACAAAAUAAGCCGGAUCAAUGACGAGAACAGUACCUUGCAACGUCGACUCAGCGACACAGAGAGAAUCAAGAAUGAGACCCUGAGCGACCUGAGGCUGAAAGAUCAGACGAUUCUCCAGCUUAAGACUGAUCAGCCUAGCUACGUCCAAUUGGCAGAAAGUCCCCAUCAGUCCCUGAAAGUCGAUCGAGAUCUUCCAGCUAAGGAGCGGUUCAUCCAGGACUUGCGGUCGGCAUUGUCCGACCAGAGGGUGCCGGCUGAGCAGGAGCAGCUGUUGGAGGCCAAGCUGAGGGAGAUCGAGUCUCUCACGUCAGAGCUGAUGAAUCUGAAGGAGCGUUGUCCACAGGAAGGCCCCUCACCGAGCUUGAGGGUUGGGAGUGGAGAGCUCUCAGACAUGAGGCCAGACGAGACUAGCCGAGUUAAUAUGGAGAACAUCAUGAGGGUCCCUAAUGAGAAGGGUGAAUCUACGCUGGAGGAAGCACCCGGACGUGGGUCGGCCCUCUCCACAGAUCCAUCCAGGGGGGAGGAGGGGCAACAGAACCCUCUGGAGGACCCCCAGCAAGAGAAGCUUCUCACUGAUGUGUGUAUCCCUGCAACCCCUGUGUCAGUGGCAGAAGAAGAGGGGUCAAGGUCCGAGGAAAAACAUGAGGGCACGGCGGCAACCACCCCCAAAUCAGAGAGCGAGAACACCAAGGAGGUCAGCACUGGGCUCCACUCCAGACUCGCAGAGCCCCUGGGAGAUACCACCUCCCUGACACAAGAGGCCUCGGUUCUGGACUCGUCCGAGGGGAUCUGGGGCAGCUCCGUGGCCCGGCGGCUCCACAACCAGUCGGACCUGGACAUCAGCUUCACCCCGCCGACGGAACGCAUCAACAGGUGGGUCCAGUGGGGCAGCGAGGAGCGGCCCAAGCCCUCGCCCAAACAGAACCGGCCGCGGCGCACUUCCCGUAAGAGGAGGAAACCAGCGGAGGGGCAAGUACAGUCUGAGAAUAGAAGUGAGGAGGACCAAACCAAAAAGACCACGCCACUGAAAAGACUUUCCCAGAUGAAUCAUCAAGAGUCCCCCACUGUUCUGGGCAAGGCGGCCAGUGAAAUCAGGCAGCAGGGGUCUCCGGCCUGCCAGAAGAACAAAGGCCCUCAUGGACGCGGCUUUCAGACGGGCGGCCACUCUACUCAGCCCUCCUCGGCUGUCCUACGCAGCAAAGUGAAGAGCACAUCGUCCAGCAAGUCUCCAGAGCCUCCGAGUGCAACCCAGGCCGGCAGGCCCCGCCGGACCAAGCGCAAGCUCUACAAGGCCGACACCUCCACGCCCCUGGACUUCGGCAGCCCUCCCGUGGUGGUCGCUGAUCGAGACGACAAGGAGAGCGAUCACUUGAUCAUCAAGCGGAAACUCAGGACGAGAACGGCAAAGAUCUGAGUCUGGUCAGAGUUUUAACAGUGUACAGUACAGGCUUCUGUGUUUGUGUUUUUAUGUAAAAAAAAAAAAAAAUCCAAAACGUUCAACAUUUUGGUGUUUUCUUUUCAGUAAACUCAAAAACAAAC